CGCGAAGGUUGGCGCCGAGGUCUUACCGCCGUAUUGAUUGCUUUAAUCCAAAGAGCAGGACAAUUUCUUGUCGAGAAGCAUUGUCAACCUCUGGUUCAAUUAGCGCAAGCAUGUCUGCCGGGUCCACGUCCGCGGCGGCGGGGCCGUCGUCGGUUUCAAUCGAGGUCAAGCAAGGCUCCACGCCUCUGCAGCUCGACGUCGGUUUCAUGCUGUCCGUCGACCCGAAUCAGCUCGACGCCUCCAAGCUGUCCUCUUCAUCAUCAGCAGCAGCACGCGAUGCGUACCUCCUCGAACGAGCGCGGAACUCCACCCAGCACUUGCUCAAUAGCAUCUUCUCCCUGCCCUUCACCAAGCACGCAGAUGUCGGGCCGUUGGCGACGUUGCCGCCCAUCCAGCCUUCGUCGCGCAUCUGUGAACCACGAGAAAAGCCGCUGCCAAAGACAGAAAGCAAGCCUCUGACCAAGUGGGAGAAGUUUGCGAAGGCGAAAGGCAUCCAGCAUCGCAAGAAGGACAAGAUGGUAUGGGAUGAUGAGCGCAAGGAUUGGGUGCCUAGAUGGGGUUUCGAAGGCGCGAACAAGGACGAGGAGAAUCAGUGGCUGCAUGUCAUGCCUUCCAAUGCUGAGGACGGCUACAACCCUAGCGCGGCAGCCAAGAAAGUUCUCAAAGAACGAAAGGCGGCGAACGAAGGAAAGCGUCUUAAGAACUUGCAGCGUGCUGCUGCCUCUUCUGCUACACCCAGCAACAGCGCGACGGUCUCGGACCGCGCAGCAGCCCGCGAGGUCAAAAAGGCUCAGCUCGAGGGCGACCUCCUGCGGUCGAAGCGCUCGACAGCGUCAAUGGGCCGCUUCGACCGCGCGCUGCCGAACGAAAGCAAGACGUUCAAGACCAAGAGCCUGAAGCGCAAGUUUGAGCCAAACGAAGUUAACACAUCCGCCGAGCGCAGUGUGCAGCUUGGCUUGCUUGGCAAGAUGGAGCGCGCGCAGAAAGCCGGUGGAGACAAGGGCCUCGUUAACACGCGCAAGGCGGUCAAGUACGCGAGCCAAGGGAGGGGGACUGCUGCGCUUGUUGGACACAGUACCGGGUCGCAGGGAGGCAAGGGCGGUAGCAAGAAGGGCGGGAGAAAGGGCAAGUGAUAGUUGGCCUGCCUGCGCCUUUCCUUUCUCAGCUUUGAUCACACGGUCCGCAUUCAUAGCAGCUCAUGUACAAUAGCCAGCAUCAGCA